GCCGACCUGACACGACCACGACGACGGCAGCAACGGAGAACGCGUCCGCACCGGCCAACACCACCGCGGCUCGGCUCGCUGCACCACCUUCCUCUUUCUUCCCGCCCUCGCCUCCGUCCCAGUCCCACCACGCCGUGAUUCCAGCGCCGACCAGACCACCUACACAAAACCCUAGCCAGUCCCCUCCCCACCCCUUCCCUCCAGCCCGUCCCGACCUCGCAUGCUCGCACCCCUCUUCUCCCGAAACCCCAGCCUCCUCUUCCUCCCCGCCGUCGUCCGCAUCGCCCGCGGAGCAAUGUCGGCCUCGCCGGCCGCCAAGGCGACCGUCUCCGUCGAGUACGCCAAGUCCGGCCGCUCAUCCUGCAAGGGCUGCAGCGCCGCCAUCGCCAAGGGCGCGCUCCGCCUCGGCGCCUCCGCGCGCGACCCUCGGGGCUACGACAGCACCAAGUGGUACCACGUCGCCUGCUUCCCCGCCUCCUCGCACCCGCUUGGCCCCGUCGAGGAGGUCCAGGGGUUCGACUCCAUUAAGGAUGACGAUCGCGAGGAGCUGCGAGAGCUUGAGAAGAAUAAUAAGAGCGACCAGACUGCAGUCAGUCCAUUGGAAGUACCAAGUCCGAAGAAAGCAAAGGUUUCGCCUAAAGCAGAGGUGGCAGAAAAAGGAAGUGUGUCUGUUGAAUACGCCAAAUCCGCCCGUUCCACCUGCAAGGCCUGCAAUGCAAGCAUCGCCAAGGGCGCUCUUCGCAUUGGCGUCUCAGCCCAUGACCCCCGUGGCUUCGACAGCACCAAGUGGUACCAUGUCGCCUGCUUCCCCGCCUCCUCGCACCUGCUUGGCCCCGUCGAGGAGGUCCAGGGGUUCGACUCCAUUAAGGAUGACGAUCGCGAGGAGCUGCAAGAGCUCGAGAAGAAUAAUAAGAGAGACCAGACUGCAGUCAGUCCAUUGGAAGUACCAAGUCCGAAGAAAGCAAAGGUUUUGCCUAAAGCAGAGGUGGCAGAAAAAGGAAGUGUCUCUGUUGAAUACGCCAAGUCCGCCCGUUCCACCUGCAAGGCCUGCAAUGCAAGCAUCACCAAGGGCGCUCUUCGCAUUGGCGUCUCAGCCCAUGACCCCCGUGGCUUCGACAGCACCAAGUGGUACCAUGUCGCCUGCUUUCCCACCUCGUCGCAUCCGCUAGGCCGUGUUGAGAAGCUCAAGGGGUUUGACUCCAUUAAGGAUGACGAUCGUGAGGAGUUACGGGAGCUAGAGAAGAAUAAAAAGGGAGACCAGGCUGCAGUCGGUCCAGUGGAACUAUCAAGUCCGAACAAAGGAAAUUCCCAUAUAUCUUUACCUGAAGUGGAGGUGGCUGAAAAGUCAUCUCCAGGGAACAAAACAGUUGGUACAGCGAUACCCUUUUCGCCUUCUGAUAUCAAGAAAACAUACAAGGAUGCUACCCUUCCCACUCAUUGGAAGGCUUUUGAUACCGUUAUUUUCCGUGAGCAGGAUGAUGGCCUUCAUGCUUCAGCCAAGAUUGCUGCGUUUGAUUUCGACGGGUGCCUCGCCAAAACCUCAGUGAAGAUCAUUGGUGCAGACAAGUGGUCUUUACAGCAUAAAUCAAUUCCUGACAAGUUGCAAAGCCUGUACAAUGAUGGCUACAAGUUGGUCAUAUUCACCAAUGAGUCAAACAUUGAGCGCUGGAAGAAUAAGCGGCAGAGAGCUGUUGACUCAAAAGUUGGACGCCUUGACAACUUUAUUGAGUGUGUUAAAGUCCCUAUUCAGGUUUUCAUUGCGUGUGGUACAGGGAAAGGAAAAGGCACACCGGAUGAUCUGUUUCGCAAACCAAAUUCAGGAAUGUGGUGGUUGAUGGCAGAGCAUUUCAAUUCUGGAAUUGCCAUCGACAUGGACCAAUCUUUCUAUGUUGGUGAUGCUGCUGGGAGAGAGAAUGAUCAUAGUGACGCAGAUAUAGAAUUCGCUAAGGCCAUCGGUCUGAAGUUUCACGUUCCUGAAGAAUUCUUCGGUCCCUAGGCUUCCACUGUGAGCAGCUAUGUUAGGUGGUGAAUAAGAUGGUUUACUAAUUGCCUCGUAGGUCGGUGUCGCAUGUUUGGAACCUAAGAAUGCCGCAGUCAUUCUGACGUUGCAAGAUCGCUGUUUAAACUUGCCGUAGUCCUUCGCCGUAGUAUCAUGCCUGUUCGGUUAGGAUCGACUUGAAUCAAUGUACUGGGGCGGGGAACUGUUGGGAUCUGAGUCAAUACCAUACUGGGACUCGUCGAUCA